CACCAGGUACAAGUGCAACCUUUAAGCCUCUCCGGCGGAUCUGUUCGUCGAGAAUCCAGGCCGUGCGCCAGCAUGGGACGGAACUAAUAUCCGAGCACGGGGUUCGCCGGAGGAUGCAGUUUGGAGGCGCACUGGAACAAUGUUGCUGUUCUGUCCGACGUGUGGGAAUGUCCUGAUUGUGGAAGAGGGACAGAAGUGUUACCGGUUCGCCUGUAACACCUGUCCUUAUGUCCACAACAUUACUCGGAAAGUAACCAACAGAAAAUAUCCCAAGCUGAAAGAAGUUGAUGAUGUUUUAGGUGGUGCUGCAGCUUGGGAAAACGUUGACUCUACGGCAGAACCAUGUCCCAAAUGUGAACAUCCUCGGGCAUAUUUCAUGCAAAUACAAACCAGAUCUGCUGAUGAACCAAUGACCACAUUUUAUAAGUGCUGUAACCCAGGAUGUGGACAUCGGUGGAGAGAUUAAAAUUGCUGCAUGGCAGCUACAGACUAAGUUUUGAAAGAAUGCAUUUUUAGUUGUACCAAAAUGCUUCUGCAGAAAACUGAACUUACAGCAAUAAUUAAGAUAUCUGAUAAUGUUUAUCGAAAUUCAUUUAAGUUGUAAUUCAGUGGUAGUUAGGCCAUUUUAAUCUGCAAUUGUACAUAAUAGCUGACAGUUUUUUUUUCCUGAUACUUCUACAUGUAUUUAAGUGUCUUUCAUGCUGUUUUCCUCAUUUAAUUGAGUGAUUGAAAUUUAUUUGAAGGAUCCCGAUAUCUUGUUAAGAAUUACAAAUGGAAAAAGUCAAA